CAGCGAUCAGUUUACUAGACGAGCUUGACGGCGUAGAAAAAAACUUUUUUAUUAUAAUCAUUAAAUAAUGCAACGGAAAAUUUUGUUGCUUUUUACGUUUUACAGCAUUUGUUGCACAAUAGGGCAAUGUGAUGUCAAUAGACCAAUUAAUAGUCGUAAUCCCCACCGCACGAACUUCCAACCAAGUUCCUAUACAUAUCCCGAUAACGACAAUCCAAUACCAUUUGAGAUAGCAAAUGGUGCAUCCGUACUACCAUUACCCUCAUCAGCGUCAUCACCAGCUUCAUCACAAUCGUCGCUUACGAAACAGCUAAAUAGGGUACCGUUUAGUACGAAAUUAUUUCAGAUACUCUCACAGUGGGCAUUGCAAGAGAAUUUAGUUUUCUCACCGAUAUCUCUGAAAGCUCUCUUGUCUUUCGUUUAUACAGUAUCGAAAGGUAAAUUGGCUGAUGAGUUGCGUUCCAUACUGAAUGUUCCGCUUAAUACAACACGUGUGGCUUGGAAUUUUGAAAACUUAUUAAAUUCAUUCGAAAACAACCAAGCGAUUCGUUUAGUUAUGGCCAACAAUUUGUAUUAUGGUAAACAGUAUGGCCCAAUAGCAGAUGAGAUAGAGGAUUUAGCUCGCAGUUCAUUUGGGCUUGAUUUGAACCGUUUGGAUUUUUCUAUGAACUAUCAGGCUGCUAAUGUCAUAAACUCUUGGGUGGCAAAGAAAACGGAGGGGCUUAUUCAAAACAUUGUCGCCGGCAGCUCAUUCAAUGCGGAAACUAAAGCGGUUCUCAUUAAUGCGAUUUACUUUAAGGGCGAAUGGGAAAUCGAAUUUUCGGAAGAUGACACGAAAAAAGAGAAGUUCUAUAAACUUAAUCAACAAGAGAUUCUAGUUGAUAUGAUGUGCGCUGAGGAUAUUUUCCGUUAUGGUCAUUUCGAUGAACUCAAGGCCUCGGUCUUGGAAUUACCCUAUAAAGGUUCCGAUAUUACGAUGUUAAUAUUACUGCCAGAUCAAAGGAAUGGUCUCCGUGAUUUAGAGCAAAAACUUCAUCAAGUCAAUUUACAUAAUCUAACUGAACAACUUAAACGAGAAGAAGUCACUGUACGACUACCCAAGUUUAAUAUUGAGUACUCGCAUAAUAUGAUCAAACCCCUGCAACAAAUGGGCUUAGUAUCGCUAUUCAAUGAAGACUCAGAAAUGAAAAUUUUCAAGGAUCAAAAUACGCCCUUAUUUGUCGAUCAAAUUCAGCAUAAAGCAUUUAUUCGGGUCAAUGAAGCAGGCACCGAAGCGGCGGCAUCUUCUUUUCUGAAAAUUACACCACUAUCGCUACCUGUACGCAUGGUUCACUUUGCAGCCGAUCACCCAUUUGUGUUUGUAAUAAUUAAUAGCAAUGUCAUCUUCUUCAUGGGACAUGUUGUGGAACCUUAAAAUCAUUUCAAAUUGAACUAACUCUCUUAGAGGAAAUUUUUUAAAUAAAUUCGUUUCGGUUUCACGACAAGCAUCAAAA